UGUGCAAAAGGGAGGAAGAAACAAAGACCGACGGUGGUGAAAGCUUGACCACCAUUAAGCCUAAUAUCGAGGAAUUGGAGAUGCUAUUAGAAGCUUACUUCAUUCAGAUAGAUGGCAUAUUAAACGAACUUUCCAUGAUUAUGGGAACAAAGGUUGCUGUGGAAGGGCUAGAGAAGCACAACCCCCUUAAUGAGGGUUCUAUCAUCUGGAUCACAGAGGCUAGGAUGCCGCUGGGGUUGGUAGAUGAGAUCUUUGGACCUGUCAAGAACCCUUAUUAUGUUGUACAGUACAAUUCAGAUGAGGAGGUUCCUGCUGGAAUACAUGAAGGGACCCUUGUGUCCUUUGUUGAGGCUUUUGCUAAUCAUGUCCUCAAUGACAAGAACCUUUAUAGGAAAGGUUACGAUGCAUCUGGUGAGAAUGACGAAGAAUUAUCUGAUGAGGUUGAGUUCUCUGAUGAUGAAAAGGAGGCCGAGUACAGAAGAAUGCAGAGGAUGGCAAAACGAGGGACAGAUGAUCGUCAGCGUUGGAACCAGGAUUUAGUAGACAGGAAGAAAUAUCAACGAAAGGGUGAAUUCCGGAAGAAAAUCCACACUUCAGCCCCUCCAGACUCACAGCCUCCUGCUAAUGGCAAUCAGCCGGGAGGAAUUCUAAACCAACAGCAUACACAUACACCUUCUGUUGCUCAACAAAAAGGUGAAUUCUGGAAGAAAAUCCACCCUUCUGCUUGUGGCAAUCAGCCACGAGGAAUUCCAAAUCAACACCAUACACAUUCACCAUAUAUUGCAGCACCAGUUGGUUGUGGUGGUGGAAUUCCAAACCAACACCAUACACAUACACCAUCUGUUGCAGCACCAGGUGGGUUGUGGUGGUUGUGCUUGCUCUCAUAGCACUGGACCAGGCAGUGCCGGUAUGUCUGCAUUUGAUCCAUCUGUUUCACAAAUGGGGCAGGCUACCUAUUGUCCACCUCAGCAUUUGUUAGCGUUAAAUAAUGGUGUCUGGACGAAUGGGAUGCAAUCUCAGCAGCAGCAGCAUCAUGCAAUCUUCCCAAAUAUUAACGGGCUGCCUUCCCAGCAACAGAAUGCAUCCUUACCAUUUGGGCAGCAUUUCCAGCAUCCUCAUCCGUUCUUUAUGAAUUUGCCAAAUGGAAUGCCAAUUCAGCAGCAGUUUGAUCCUAGUUAGAUGCUACUGCCGAAUAUGACCUCGCCAUUUGGGCAGCCAAGUUUCUCAGCAAUGCCUCCACCGACACCUUGGACAGGGUUUGUAGGCCAAGCUGGAUUCAACCAGGCAACAUUUGGUAUGGGCUUCCCGGGUCAGCUUGGGCACGCAUCCAUGAAUUCUGGUGAGCAAGGAGUUAUGCCUAAUGGUCCAUGUAGUAAACAGAGCAAUGGAUUGCAGCCACCUGGUUUUACUCAAGGGGGUAUGGGCUUCCCGGGUCAGCUUGGGUACGCAUCCAUGAAUUCUGGUGAGCUAGGAGUUAUGCCUAAUGGUCCAUGUAGUGAACAGAGCAAUGGAUUACAGCCACCUGGUUUUACUCAAGGGGCUAUGGGCUUCCAGGGUCAGCUUGGGCACUCAUCCACGAAUUCUGGUGAGCAAAGAGUUUUGUCUAAUGGAUCAUGUAGUGAACAGAGCAAUGGAUUGCAACCCCCUGGUUUUAUUCAAGGAGGCUUUGCAUCUCCCCAGAAAUUUCACCAGGGAAUGUCUUCGACUCGUGGGAGAAAUCUGUACCGGAGAGGUGGUAGUAAUUUUGUACGUGGUAGAGGUCGGAGGCAAUCUGGGUGAGUUACUGUUGUUAAUGGUUCACUUUUCAGCUUUGAUUUUAAAAUUAACCUUUCAAUGGUUAAGAGAUGAAUGUGGUAAUUUUGCAAAUUAUGUAAAAUAAUUGCUUAUAAUGCAUUAGCUUAUUGCA